AUGAAGACCUCUUUCGUCGCCAGCGCCGCGACGGCGCUUUUCCUCUCCAGCGGCAUCGCCAAUGCCGCCUUCUCCAUCGCCUCCACCGACGACAUCAAGGCAACAGCCAGGGAUAUCGCCUAUGACACCAUGAAAUUCUACGAUGGAAACUUGACUGGACACACUCCCGGUAUCUUGCCUGGCCCGCCGCCUAACGGUGAUUACUACUGGUGGGAGGCCGGUGCUCUAUGGGGAACGAUGAUCGACUACUGGCACUUGACGGGCGAUGCUACUUACAACGACGUCGUGAUGCAGGCUAUGCUGCAUCAAGUCGGACCUAACCGCGAUUACAUGCCUCCCAACUACACGGCAUCUCUCGGUAACGACGAUCAAGGGUUCUGGGGUAUGUCCGCCAUGACUGCCGCCGAGAACAACUUCCCGAACCCCCCGACCGAUCAGCCCCAGUGGCUCGCUUUAGCCCAAGCUGUCUUCAACACCAUGGCCAGCCCGGACAGACACGACGACACUUGCGGUGGUGGCCUGCGCUGGCAAAUUCCGCUGUCCAACAACGGAUACAACUACAAGAACAGUAUUGCCAACGGCGUCUUCUUCAACAUCGGUGCCAGAUUGGCUCGCUACACUAAGAACACUACCUACUCCGACUGGGCCGAGAAGACGUGGGAUUGGAUGGAGACAGUCGGAUUCAUCGAUGCUGAUUACAACAUUUUUGACGGCGGUCACGUCGAGCACAACUGUACAGAUAUCAACAAGGCUCAGUUCUCUUACAACAACGGCGUUUUCUUGCUCGGAGCCGCCAACAUGUACAACUACACGGACGGCGACGCGAAGUGGAAGACUCGUCUGGACGGUCUCAUCAAGGGCACCUUGAACGUCUUCUUCCCCAACAACAUCGCGUUCGAGGUCGCCUGUGAGGAGCACAACACUUGCACUACCGACAUGUUGAGUUUCAAGGGUUAUGUCGCUCGUUGGAUGUCCGUCAUGACCCAGAUCGCUCCUUACACCGCCGAUCAAAUCCUCCCUAUCCUGAAGACAUCAGCCGAGGCCGGUGUCAAGCAAUGCACGGGUCAGGCGAACCAGCGCACUUGCGGCUUCAAGUGGAGCACGGGUGUGUACGACGGCACGAUUGGAGCCGGUCAGCAGAUGAACGUCUUGGCCGCCGUAUCAUCGCUCCUCAUCGGCCAGGCCAAGGCCCCCGUAUCGAACUCUACUGGAGGAACUUCAGUCGGCGAUCCAAACGCUGGCAGCAACUCGAACAACGACUUGAGCGUCCACAACAGCCCGAUUACGACGGCGGACAAGGCCGGCGCCGGCAUCCUGACCUUCUUGGUCUUGGCAGGUGCCACAGUUAAUACCACCAUUCUCAUCCCGAUUUCCGUAGGGUACCCCCUCCGAAAACGCGACCCCCGCACACACGCCGCCCGCCCGACAAUGCCGAUCCCGGACUUUUCCAACACGACGACCUUCCCGGCCUUCGACGCCCUCCCGAUCGAGGAUGACGGCGGUUCCGCCCCGGACGCCCGGGAGGAGUGGUUCCUCGUCGCGCAGGUGAAGCAGAACAUGACCAUAACGAAACCGACCGUGGUCGUCUCGGACCGCGCGGGGGACGAGUUCGCGAUCACCUUCGAGGACCGCGGGGUCGACCUGCGGCCCGUCAGGACGGGCUGGACGAUCGUGGUGCCGCGGGCGACGCGGACUACGCCGCGGGAGGGGAAGAAGGGGUUCGUCCGGGUCGCGGAGGGGAGGGGCACGGGGGUGAAGUACGUCCCCGCGGGGCUCGAGAGGGUUUUCGAGCUGGGCAGGGCCGUGAGGGAGGGAGGAGUGUCAGACGGCGGAUUGGAAGACUCACAAGGCCGAUUGUAA